AGCCCUCCCUUUGAUAUUUUCACUCUCUGUCUGACUGCUGAAAAAUCGUUGUCCACUAAGAACAUUUGUCAGUGCCACAGAACCAAAAAAGAAAAAGGGUGAAAAGUUCUUCCCUUUUUCAACACACAGAAGAAAAUCGUCAGAGAGAGAGAUCGGAAAUGGGUGAACGUGAGAAUUUCGUAUACAUCGCUAAGCUUGCUGAGCAAGCUGAACGCUACGAUGAGAUGGUCGAUGCAAUGAAGAAUGUUGCAAAUAUGGAUGUUGAAUUGACGGUGGAGGAGAGGAAUUUGUUUUCUGUUGGUUAUAAGAAUGUGGUAGGGGCUAGGAGAGCAUCGUGGAGGAUCUUGUCUUCCAUCGAGCAGAAGGAAGAGUCUAGAGGAAAUGAGCAGAAUGUGAAGCGGAUCAAGGAGUACCAGCAAAAAGUGGAGUCAGAGCUCACCGACAUUUGCAAUAAUAUCAUGACCGUGAUUGAUGAGCAUCUAAUUCCAUCAUGUACUUCAGGAGAAUCAACUGUGUUUUACUACAAAAUGAAAGGGGAUUAUUAUCGAUACCUUGCAGAGUUCAAAACUGGGAAUGACAAGAAAGAGGUUUCUGAUCUGUCUUUAAAAGCAUAUCAGACAGCUACAACUACUGCGGAGGCUGAAUUAUCAACUACUCAUCCCAUUCGGCUGGGUUUGGCUUUAAAUUUCUCUGUUUUCUACUAUGAGAUAAUGAACUCCCCUGAAAGGGCAUGCCACCUGGCUAAGCAGGCUUUUGAUGAAGCAAUAGCGGAGCUGGAUGCCCUUAAUGAGGACUCCUACAAAGAUAGCACCUUGAUUAUGCAGCUUUUGAGGGACAAUCUCACCUUGUGGACUUCUGACAUUCCAGAGGAUGCAGAAGAUGCCCAAAGGGGAGAUGCUGCAAACAAAGCGAGUGGAGUUGAGGAUGCGGAGUGAUGGGCAAACAAGUAGAACCUACCAUCUGUGUGUUGCAGAGGGGAGGAUGAUGGUUCAUCCAGGCGAUUGUUUGUUUAGUCCUAAUAGAUACUUUGUUUCGCCUACGGGUGCAUCUUGCUGGAGAUUGUUUUCACAUUAGUCGGAUGUCAUAUUUACAGUGAAUUGUUUGAGUCAUUAUAAAUGAUUGGUUUGGUCUCUAGCUGGUUUUAUUUUUCAGAUGACAGCCGCAGCUGAAUGGAGGAUAUCAGCUGUGUUUGUCUCUUAAAACUUUAUGAUCCAUCCUGAGUUUUGGUAGUUCGUACCUCUCACAUUUAGUUUUAAAGAUAUAAGCCAUUGGGGUGGAGAUAAUUGAGAA